AUGAGUGGACAGGCCUCCAGUUAUUACAACGAGGGCCUCGCCCAGGGUCCGCCCGAGCCCAACUAUGGCUACCAACAGAACGGCUACCAGCAAUCCAAUAACCAGCCUGCACCAUAUCCGCAGCCAAACUACCAGCAGCCUAACUACCAACAGCCAAAUUAUCAGCAACCAGCAGAGCCCAAACCACCGCCACAAUAUCAGCAGAAUGUCCCGGACUCCGGGUACAACUUUGACCAGGCGUUCAAGAUCGAGAAGCCCAAGUGGAACGAUUUGUGGGCCGGUCUCUUGUUGAUCGCAGUGUUCCUCGGAUACGCUGCAGUGUCUGGACUUACCAUCCACAAGUAUGCUACCAACAAAGGCUUCAGCGGAGGAGGCAUUUACGACUCGGCAAACGAUUUCUCGCUGAAUACCAAUACCCUGGUCCUAUUUAUCUUCGUCCUGGUUGUCGCGCUGGUAUUUUCGGGGCUCUAUUUCAUGGGCGCAAGAUACUUCACCAAAGCUUUCAUCUGGGCGACCGGUAUCCUCAACAUCGUUUUCGCGCUCGCAACGGGCAUUUACUACAUCGCGCGGGGGCAAUAUGGAGGCGGCAUCGUGUUCCUUGUGUUUGGUGUCUUCGCGAUCAUCUGUUUUAUCAGUUGGAUCCCCCGCAUUCCUUUCACUGCCUUUAUGCUGCAAACUGCUAUGGACGUAGCCCGUGGUUACGGACACGUUUUCCUGGUCAGCGCGCUGGGCGGAAUCGUCACAGUCGCUUUCGCCGCUUGGUUCUCUGUCACUCUUGUCUCAGUCUAUGUUGCCUACGAACCUGAUUCCACUGGCGUCAACCCGUCCUGCCGGGACGGUGGCUGUAGCAGAGCAAAGGUCAUCGGACUCGUCGUCUACGUCACCUUCGCCAUGUAUUGGCUCAGCGAGUGGAUCAAAAAUACCAUACACACGACCAUUGCAGGUGUGUACGGCGCAUGGUACUUCUGGAGCAAGUCUCCCAGUGGCAUGCCUAAGGGGUCGACUCGAGGUGCGUUCCGUCGUGCGACAACCUACUCCUUCGGCAGUAUCAGCUUUGGCAGUCUGAUUAUCGCAUUUAUCAACAUGCUGCGCCAGGCAUGCUCGAUCGCGCAGCGACAGGAGGCCGCCGAGGGUAAUCUCAUCGGCAGCAUCUUCUUUUGCAUUCUGGGAUGUUUCAUCUCACUGCUGGACUGGCUCGUGACCCUUUUCAACCGCUACGCUUUCUGCCACAUCGCUUUGUAUGGAAAGGCUUAUAUUCCUGCUGCCAAGGAUACCUGGACGAUGAUGCGCGACCGGGGCGUUGAUGCGCUUGUUCAAGACUGUCUGAUGGGACCAGUGUUGACUAUGGGCUCGACUUUUGUCGCGUAUGUCUGCGCUCUGCUGGCUUAUCUCUAUCUGCAGUUCACCAACCCAGAGUACAAUCGGGAUGGUAACUUCACGGCUGUCAUUAUGGCUUUCUCUUUCUUGAUUGGUCUACAGGUUUGCCAGGUCUUCAUGACCCCGAUCAGCAGUGGCGUGGAGACCAUUUUCGUGGCUAUUGGUUGGGAUCCUCAGGUCCUGGUCAACGACCACCCGGACCUCUACUACAAGCUCGUCUCGCUUUACCCUCGGAUUCAGCAGGCAAUCCACGCAUGA